CUGUCUGCGACGGUGUCAACCCACGACUGUCAGCCCACGGACGCUUAAUAGUUUCCAGUCAAGAUUCGAGACUAACGCUCUAGCUCCAGCCUAACACGAUGGUUACCCGUCUGUGGGCCUUGGCACUGUCAGACCAAGGCCUCGAUUGGCCUAAACGACUCAAAACACACCAUGAUGAGCCACACGCCGAACCCUUUUCAACGGUCCACAAGGCCGGAGACCCUACAAAUUCUCUGGUGCGCCUCUCAGCUCCAGCCACAAUCUCUUGCGCACACCCACCCAUGACCCCCCGAGUCUGACGUUUUUAAUGCUUUCUAUUCCAUCGCAAACGGGCUCAAUGGGUUCUGACAGCCCUGUACUGGGGAAUUAUCUAUGGUGACAUUCCUCGUGAUUGAAAGAGGGAACAAAUGUCCAGAUAUCCAUUUUCCAGAACGAUCAAGCGGUUGCGACUCAAAGAUGCCUCCGGAACCAAUCCAACCCGGAAUGUUUUCUCCCCGAAGAAGGCCUGGAGGCCUACACCAUUGCGGACUCCCUUUCUCUUGUCCCUAGCCGGACUCAUGCUGGUGACACUGGUGACGCUGGAGGUGUUGCGAUGCCAUUCAAACAGGAAUGAGGGGAUUGUUUUCUAUAAUGAUCUCACGGACGUCAACAACACCAUGUUGGCCGGCUCGAAGUACGUGCCUACUCUUGUUGCGCUUAUCAUCGUCACGCUCUGGAGUUUCUGUGCCUACGACGUGAUGCGGCUGGAGCCUUUUUUGCAACUGGCUAAACACGAGGGUGUGCCAGCGACUGUGCUGCUCAUCAAUUAUAAUUUCUCGUAUGGCAUCCUGGCUCCUAUUAACGCGGCUCGCAACAACCAUUGGAUUGUUUUCUGCGUGUCAAUCAUGUCCCUGGCCCUGCGAAUGUUCCUUCCGGCAUUAUGCUCCGGUCUUAUGAUAUUGAACGACGUUGAUUUGCAUAAUACCCAGACGGCGAAUAUAUGGCCUGACGUGAUCGAUGGGGAAUCCCAGGCAGCGUGGAUGUCUGGUCAGAUGCCACGCCGCGGCCACUCAGCCAUGUCGGCCAUGAAUGCCCACAUGCCACUGCUGCGCUCUUCCGAGUACGCGAUGGCACCAUUUGUCAUGCCCGUCGAUGAUCAGAAUGAAGAUUCUAUGCUGUACUUGAACCAAACAGUUUAUUGGGCAGAUGUGACAUGCGCCGACAUACCACUUGAUCAACUUCCUCCCGGGAGCGCUUCAUUUGAAAAUAGCACCUCGGAUGGUCGCCAAACAGUGUCAUUAACAGCCCAUGGGGCUCGUCCAUCCUGGAGAGAUGCCAGAGAUGUCACCAAGAAUGGUUGCAUAAUCGAUAUCGCCCUUGACAGUACUAUCCCGAACAACACCGACUCCUUCCAAGUGCGCUACUGGGAGCCACACCAGAAAAAUUCGACUUCCAAAGUUUUCAACGCCCGACAAUGUGACCAAUAUGAUCUUUAUGGUAUAAUAGUCGACUUACAAGUGGGAGGAAAAGGGUCAAUCUCGACAACUAAAGCUGCCGCGUUUGGUUGCACAGCAACAUAUGAAAAUGCGAAUGCCAAUGUCUCUAUCACUGCUAAUUCCUCAAUUGAUUCGGUCACGAUCUACCCAAAUACUGUCAAUCGCUUGGAUAUGUCCGAGUUUAGAGCAGACAAAUUCCAGGAUCUCAUGUAUCGCAUAUCUGAUGGGGUCAUGGUAGAACGCGGCCAGGUCGGCAGUCAAGCAGUACCACACAGAGCUACUGUCAUCACCGACCCGGCACAGUAUCAGAGCGAAGUUGUUGAUCUUUGGAAACGAACGUAUGUUUUCACGAUGAACCAACUUUUCGAUCCCACGACUGGCUCGAUUGCGUUAGAUGCGGUGCAAGUGACACCGGGUGCCUCUAUAAUGAUGAUAUCGCAUACAGCACUUGUCGCAGAAUCCCUACUUGGCUCAGCUUCCCUUUUGCUAUUAUAUCUAGCUUACGUUUAUCCACGUCGAGCGAGUUUUCUACGAAGCGAUCCCGGCUCUCUUGCCGCGCAAUUACGAAUCAUUGCCGACUUAUUCCACCCCGAUACUGCUGUAGCUUUGUCAGAUGCCAAUCUCCACAAAGCUACUACCCGCCAGCUUCGAGGAUGGGCGAGCAAUCUGCAGUGCCAAUGGCGAGAAGGGCCACAUGGAUGGCGGAUAGAAUUCGCUCCAAUCCACGGACGUUCUUCGACUAUUUCCGCUCGCGCAGCCCGUCGACAACAAGACCCUGUUCCGCAUUUUCUCAUGCUACCUUGCUUUGCAAUUGAAUGCCUAUUGCUAAUCGUGAUGCUGGUCGUCUUUUCGUUAUCACUGAAGCGAUUUGGGUUUCAUGAUGAUAACCCGGCUUAUUAUUCUAAUUGGGAUUUCAUGUGCUUGCUUUUACUCCUUUACGCUCCUAAUGUGAUUGCCUCCAUGAUAACUGCACUAUUGGCGUCUAGUCUACGUCAUUUGAGCAUAUUAGAACCAUGGGUACAAUUGGAACGAGGUAUGGCGACCGCCAAGCAGACCCUGUUGAUGAAUUACUCCUCGCGAACUCCGCUCGCGGUGUUCGCGAAAUGUGCAAAAAAGGGCCCCCCUAUCUUGACGAUCGUGUCACUGGCUUGUGUCAUCGAUUUAAUCCUCAGUCUCAUUAGCGGCAGCAUCUUUCUGGCGCAAACCAAUACCUAUGUUGAUCCCACCUCCGUCCUAUCGCAGCAGUACAGCCUCUCGAAAUUUUCCACAUCGGAAUCUGCACCGGAAUUCGACAGCUUCCAUUUUAUCCCAAUGAGAAAAUCCAUGCCGCUUGUCCCGUGGACUACUUCCGAUUAUUCAUUUUACCCCGUGGCAAUCAAUGACUCGGAGUGGAUGCGUUCCUUUUAUACUACUACCACGCGCGGAAUCGGCGCAGAUUUAACAUGUCGGGUGCUUCAUGCGAACCGGUUACAGACCGAAGCCAAUACUGGCAAGCAAUACUGGUAUUACGAACCCUUUGAUCAUAGUGACAGUGCCCAUUGUACCGUGGAGGUUCCACAGGUAGCAGAGAUCGACAAUACGCCUCUCGAUGACAAUUCUAUUCGCUACCUAACAUCUCUUGAGUCCGGAAGUUGCCAGACGAAAACGAUCGUCGUGAUUGCCCGAUGGAAUCUCUUCAACGGCACUGUUGGUGACCCCGAGAAUACAUUGGCGUUGCACUGUGAACCUCAAAUUAGCAUUCAAGAUUUUGAGAUCGACUUUAACUUCAAUGGACAAGUACAGGCGCGUAGGCCGGUGACUGGCAGCACGAUCACAAGCGGGGGUGUCUUUCUGAAUGCCACCAAAAGCCUUGGGCGAUAUAACCACGCACUGGCUCAAUUUGUCCAAAGAACUGCCGCCCACCGGGCGUCCUCCUUUUCUUACUUUGACUGGCCUGGAGUCUUGACCGCGCAUGCAUACGAAGAAGUGGACCCUGACUUCUCGUCCUUCGAUGCCGAUAUCUUAAUGAACGCGACACAGUCCGUCUACUCGACUAUUUUCAGCACCUACUUUUCCCUCUGGCGCGACCUGUAUAUCGAUCGGUUGACCGAGUCUCCUUUGCCUGUUCUGAAGGGGACCCAAACCCAACUUUACUGGGAGAUGGUCUUGUCUAUCCCAACCAUGGUCAUUGUCAUUGUGAUCGUCUCUAUAGAUGUUAUGGUCAUGGCGGGUGUUUUUUUCACGCGCCGCGGACGGUUCCAUGGACCUCGCAUUCCUCGAUCGAUCGGGGCUCUUAUGCCUUGGGUCACGCAUAGUCAAAUGAUGCGGGACUCCAAUGAAGCAUCGCGACUGGAUCGGUCUGAAUGGGAAGAGUUUCUCCAAGAAGAUUGGAGGAGAUACCGAUUCGGAGAGUCCGCAUGCCCGGACGAGGUGACGCGAUGGACGUUAGACUACGACCCCAAGGCCGAGAAAGAAGAGCAUGAGAUGCAAGCGAAGGAGCCUCAUGUGGAGUGUGCGCCAGUGGCCGAGCCUGAACCGACAGAGAGGGGGACCGACCAACCUCUGCGAGGUUGACUGUGUAGUAUUAUGACCUAUUGUAUAGUGUAUAGUAAUUGAAUAGAUGCGAC